CUCCAUACAAAAUGAGUGCCAUCGACAGUGGAAAAUAUCGCCUGAAAAAAGAUUGGGCCAGUGUCUCGAUACCAUCAUUGGUCGAUAUCGAUGAACACGCCGACGAUGAAACCGAAAGCGGAAUAAAUAUCACUGAACCAUCAUUGCCACCACAAAAGCCGCCACGUCGAAGUUCACUGGCAUUGGGUUUGUUCUCCAGCAAAUCAGAUAAAAGCCAGAAAAGACGUAGCUCCAUUGCGGUGUCUUUCUUUCGUCGUGAUAGUAAUAAGCAUUCAUCCAAAGAUUCCUAUGAAUCGGCCGUGAAACAUGAAAAAAGUGAUGGCUCAAAUACACCCAUAUCACCUGACAUUGUUUACAGCUCCGAGGAGAAUAUUCGUGCCUCAUCGCCAAAUGAACCCGGCAAAGUGACCUAUUUCGAUGAUGGCACCAAUGUUCGCACCGCUGUCAAGGGUAUUGGCAUUACCAGUAGUCCCUACGAUACACCCAUCGACAAGGAACGCAAUCGUCGUCGACGUAGUUCAUUGCAAACAAAAUUGGAUAGACGUCGCCGCAAGAAUUUCGAAGUCACCUUCCCCACUCUGGAACAGAGUACGGGAAUUGGUUCACAAAGUGAUUUGACCAAUGAUAGUACCACAGGCAUCGGCUCAUCUUCGGGCGAUAUGUCGACCUAUGACGAUGUCGAUCCCAAUCAUUCAGCCUAUUUUCCAAGGCAAAAACGUCAUUCAUGGUGGAAUAUAUUUGUGCCAGAGAAUAUUAAGAACAGGUCACGUAGGGCUAGUCAAGAUGUAUCGCUUAUGUCACGCAGUUUUGACAAUUUAUCAAUUCCAGUACGCCGGAGUAAAUCACGCAGUGUUGAUCACGGCCUUGCGGCGCCAUUCGAUUUAGAUUCGUUGCGUUCAAAAGUGGAAGGGCGCUUCGAAAGUGUUGACAGAUUAUCAAAUGAACGCAAGAAAUCCUCACUACCCACUAUACCCACCAUUAAUUAUACGGUGGGCAAUCGUGACACUUUGACAUCGGUUGCAGCCCGUUUCGAUACGACCCCAUCUGAGCUGACACAUUUGAAUCGUUUGAACAGUUCUUUCAUUUAUCCCGGUCAACAGCUGUUGGUACCGGACAAAAGUGCCAAGGAUAAUGUAUCGACCAGUUCGGGUGAUGAUAAAGCAGGUGGUUCAACUGCUUCCGGCAAAUCGAGUCCAGUUGAUCGUAAAUUAUCGGUCGAUGAACAAAAUGAUGCUGAUGAUAUUUUGGAUAGUUUACGUCCCGGUUCACCCAAACCAGGCCACAUUGAACGUGUUGAUCCAGCUGGUCGUGCCGAUGGUGGCAAUGAUCCAGUUAUUACACAACGUUUCCUUAAAAUCAAUGUACGUCACAUAACCGAUGGCCAGGGUGUUGUGGGUGGCGUCCUAUUGGUAACACCAAAUGCUGUCAUGUUCGAUCCAAAUGUCUCCGAUCCAUUGGUAAUCGAGCAUGGUCCAGAAAGUUAUGGUGUUAUUGCACCAAUGGAAUUGUGCGUAAAUGCUGCCAUAUUUCAUGAUAUUGCUCAUAUGCGGGUAUCGGGUGGAGUCACCGUUGACUCCAAUGCAACAGAAAAACCUGAAAUCUAUUAUCCCAAAUCAGUAUUAGAUGCCCAAAAGGCCAAAGAGGGUGGAGACGAGGGAGAAGGUGCAGAUGCCGUGGACGGCAAAAAGUCAACAGAGGAAGAUAAUGAAAAAGACAAAGAAGAACAGAAGGUUAAAACCGACGAUCAGGAGUCCAUUUGUUCAGAGAAACAUGAUGAAAAAUCUACGGAAGCCAAAGAAAGUUCGAAGACUGAUGGCGAUGGCGCCAGUACUGGUACCAAUGAAACCGAGGACGAUGAAGCCAAAAAAAAUCUCAACGUUAGCGAUUCUCGUACCACCUUAGAAGAGAGACGUAAAAGUCUAUUGGAUCAUCACUGGGCCAUACCCAGCAAAGAUAGAAUAUGUUUAUCUAAUUCCCGAAGAUCGUCGGAAGAUGAGGGCGACAAUGAAUCGAAUACGACGGCUGAUAGUGGCGCCCGUGGUCAGGAACCACAUUCGGCCACUUCAUCAAUCAGCGGUAUUAUGGCCAAUUUAGCCAGUGGCGUUGUCAAUCCCGCCGAUUUGGAACAAUUGGAACAGCUAUCGAAACAAUCAUGCUAUGAUUCUGGCAUCGAUAUACGUGAUCCCAUACCAAAUGUUCAACCCAUACCAAAGAAAACAGUAUAUAGUGAUGCCGAUAUUGUAUUAAGCUCUGACUGGGUGCCACCAAAGCCAAUAUCAUCGAUAACACCACUGGGCGAGUCACCUCCACGUACCAGUGGCCUAGAUGCUGGUGCAGUAGCUGGUGCUCGCAAGAAGACAUCGAGCGUAAGUUUCAGUGUCGAUGAUAACAAUGAAAAUCAAGUAGCAGCGGCGGCUCAGGCUCAAAAUCAGGCUGAUAAAAAUGCAGCUGAAAAGAAAAAUAAGAUGUUGAAACGUUUAUCAUAUCCCUUGACAUGGGUUGAAGGUCUUACUGGUGAUGGUGCUGCACCAGCUACUGGUGGCAGUGUGGGCGGCAAGUCACAAGACAAUGAGUCGGCUCCCAACACUGGGGACUCCAAUCAAAGUGUAUUCUCAAAAGUAUUCUCAAGUUCGCCCAUUACUUUGGUCUCAGAGUUGGGUGGCAAUUUAUUUUCUAAAACACCGUCCGAAGAUUCGAGUGGCUCUCCGGUGCCACCUUUGACACCACAUUCGACUCAUUCCGAGGGUCAUUAUUCGACUGGACGUUCCUCAAUUGGCACCUUUAUACGCCCUCUAUCUUCGGAAGGCACUUCAUCUACAACAAAAUUAAAGGAUACCAAACCACAGCCUAAAUUGGAUUAUCGUUCUAUGGUUUCAGUAGAUGACAAACCGGGUCUAUUUGUCAGUGUUGACAAACUUAUACCAAGACCGGCUCGUGCUUGCCCAGAUCCACCACUAUAUUUGCGCUUGCGCAUGGGCAAACCGAUAGGUAAAGCUAUACCAUUGCCAACAUCGGUAAUGUCGUAUGGCAAAAACAAAUUGAGACCAGAAUAUUGGUUUAGUGUACCUAAAAAUCGUGUUGACGAAUUAUACCGCUUCAUAAAUACCUGGGUUUCACAUCUCUAUGGUGAAUUAGAUGAGGAACAAAUUAAAGCUCGUGGCUUUGAAUUAAUACAAGACGACACAGAAUGGACACAAAGUGGCACUACAAAGUCGGGAACACGUACCGGCAGUCAAGAGGGUGAAGUUAGUGAUCUUACCCGAGAAUCAUGGGAGGUGCUGUCUAUGAGCAAUGAUGAUUAUCGCAAAUCAUCAAUAUUCCAAACAGGAUCAUUUGAUUUAGAUUUCCCCAUACCAGAUCUAAUUGGAACAACAGAGAUUCUAACAGAAGAGCAUCGUGAAAAACUUUGUGGACAUUUACCUGCACGCGCUGAAGGUUACUCCUGGUCAUUGGCCUUUAGCACAUCUCAACAUGGAUUCUCAUUAAAUUCAUUAUAUCGUAAAAUGCAGAGACUCGAAAGCCCCAUACUUAUAGUUAUAGAAGACACAGAACACAAUGUUUUUGGAGCUUUAACGUCAUGUUCCCUGCACGUAUCAGAUCAUUUUUAUGGUACCGGCGAAUCACUUCUGUAUAAAUUCAAUCCCAGCUUUAAAGUAUUCCAUUGGACGGGUGAGAAUUUAUAUUUCAUCAAAGGCAACGUUGAAAGUUUGUCAAUUGGUGCUGGAGAUGGUCGUUUUGGUCUGUGGCUUGAUGGUGAUUUAAAUCAAGGUCGUUCACAAUCCUGCAGUACAUAUGGCAAUGAACCAUUGGCGCCUCAAGAAGAUUUUGUUAUAAAAACACUCGAAUGCUGGGCAUUUGUUUAAGCAA